CCAAGCCUCGCAGCGGACGUGAUCAUUGAGCUCGAGGACAGCGUCGGCACCGUGCGCCACGUUGUCUUCAUUGAACGCAAGGACGGUCGCGGCUUGGCGAUGGUCGGAGGCUUCGUGAAGGUCGGUGAGAGCGCAGAGGCUGCAGCGGCGCGCGAGGCGGCCGAGGAGACCGGCCUCGAGGUGACGCAGCUGCAGCAGUGGUGUAUGUUUAGCGAACCACGGCGAGAUCCGCGCCGGCACACUGCUGCGCUGGUUUUCGUGGGCAGGGCGCGGGGCACACCACGCAGCGGCGACGACGCGAAGGGCAUCCGCGUGGUCUCGACCAGCGAUCUGCAGCGAGCGCCGCCGAAAUUCGCCUUCGACCACGGCCAGAUCGUCGCAGCCUUCGUCGCGCGCCACCAC